AUGCAAGAUGGAUGUGGUUAUCACAUUAUGUAAGAGCAGCAAAAGGAAAAAGCUGGUUUCAGUAGAGCCAAGGAAUAUGUGGGAUAUGGUAUUUACAAUUAGAGGGUUAGCCAGCAUAGUCGACUGUCAUAUCAUUAAACAGUAUACACUGUACAGUUGCAUAUUGUGGCUAUCUAUAGAGUGGAGCCUAAAAUUCUAAUAGCUAACGGAAUACCUUAAGCACAGGAAUUAUGGCUUCUUCUUCUUCUUCUUCCUUGAUCACUCUUCCAUCGAAGAAGUACGAUGUGUUCAUUAGUUUUAGAGGUGCCGAUAUCCGCGAUGGUUUUCUCAGCCAUUUGCGGGAGGCUUUGCGCCAAAACGAAGCCAAUACCUUUGUGGAUGAAAAACUUGAUAGAGGAGAAGAGAUCUCAUCCUCCCUCUUGGAAAUAAUUGAAGAGUCAUACUUUUCGUUGGUCAUUUUGUCGGAAAAUUAUGCUUAUUCUCCCUGGUGUUUGGAAGAACUUGUGAAGAUACUUGAGUGCAAGAAAGACAUGGAACAAAUGGUUUUACCAGUUUUCUACUGUAUAGAUCCAACCCAUGUUCAAGAACUUACAGGUAGCUUUGGAGCUGCACUUGCUAAGCAUAGAGAAGUUUUCAACAACUCUUUAGACAAGGUGGAGAGCUGGUGCCAAGCUUUGAGAGAAAUUGCUGGGAUAGCAGGGUUGGUUUCCCAUAACAUUAAGCCUGACUCCGAGCUAAUUAAGGAAAUUGACAAACACAUUUCAGAAAAAUUAAAUGAUGUGUUUCCAAGUCAUUCUUUUGAUGAAGGGUUAGUGGGAAUUGAUUCCCGUGUCAAGGAUGCUCAAUCCUUAUUAUGCCUUGAGUCUACGCGUGUUUUAGGAAUUUGGGGGAUGGGUGGUACAGGAAAAACUACCAUUGCUGAAAAAUUAUUUGAUCGAAUUUCUGAUCAAUUCAAUAGGCGAUGCUUUGCUGCAAAUGUCAGGGAAAAGUUUGAAAAGUACGGACCAGAUCUUUGUCGAAAGGAAAUCCUUUUUCAAGUAUUAGGUAGGGAAAGUUGUAAUUUAGGUCUGCCCACCAGGAGACGGUUGUCACGAGAAAAAGUUCUCAUUGCUCUUGAUGAUGUGAGUGAUUCAGAUCAAAUAGAACGUUCCAUAGGAAAACCUGCUAUCUAUGGUCCAGGUAGCAAAUUCAUUAUAACAAGCAGAGAUAAGCAACUGCUUAGGAACAUGGAGGCUCAAAUAUAUGAAGUUGAGAAAUUGAAUGACUGUGAAUCUUCUUGUCUUUUUCGCUUCCAUGCCUUCAAACAAGAUAUUGCAGGAAAAGAUUAUAUGGUCUUUGUCAGAGAAGGCCGUUGA